AUGGCGGCUGCAAAUGAAGGAGCUAGGAGAAUUGUGGAGGAUAAAAUAGAUCCCUUUGAGCAGCUAUCCGACAAGAAAUUCAAGAAGAAGUUCCGAUUUUAUAAAGAAGAAGUCAAUAAGAUUUGCGGCAUGCUGAAUGAAGAAGAUCUCGACAGAAAAACAGCAAGGAGUAAAGCCCUUACCAAAGAAUUGCAAAACAGCAGGCUAGCAGCCAAAUUUGAAGGAGGCAUGCUUCACGGAAUAUUACUGGACGAUUCAGGAUAUCCCCUUCUCCCAUGGCUCAUGAACCCGAUACUGAAUCCCAAGACUCCUGCAGAGAAUGCUUACAACACAGCACACAGGAAGACCCGUGUCAUUAUUGAAGACGUUAACGGGCAAAUCAAGAACAAGUUUAGGUGUCUCUUGGGACAUGGCAUGCAAAUUCAGCCACAGCGUGCAUGUCCUAUCAUCACGGCUUGCUGCGUGCUUUUUAACAUCAGCAAAGAUCUGCAAAAGGAAGCUGCAACUGGCGAGGAUAGCGAUAAUGAUGAUGGUGAGAGGCAGAGGGAGGAGGAGAGAUGCGCCGACAAUGGACAUGACGUAAACAGGGAGAUGGACCCCACAGGCAUAGCUGCGCGUGCAGAAAUUGUUAGAACCUUCAAGACCUAA